GCAUUCGAUUGCGUACGGGCGCGUUCUUUUUGCCCCAAGAUUGUGGUUUAAAAAGAAAUUUAAUCUUGCUAAUAAACAUGCAAACACGAACGCGGCGGCUACCUGUUGAAGCGCGCGAGACAAACGAUUCCUCAGCCAAUCACAGCCCAGCGGCCGCCCACGGCCCCCCAUCAUUGGCCAGCCACGCUAGAGGGGGGAAAUCCAAGGGGGGGACAAGCCAGAGUUCGCCGUUAACAUGACACUAGCAAGAAAAGCGCCGCAUUGAGCUUUCGACGAGCUUUUCACUACGCGCGCGGUUAAUCGGUUAUUAUCGCCGAUAUUUUGUAUGUAACGCCAAUAAAUUAAAAACAAGAAAAUAAAUACUACUGAAAAAAAGGAACUGUUCGAACAAUUGUUAUCUAAGAAAAUAAUGCGCGUGGAGUAUCGGUGUGGAGAAAAUUAAUUUUUUGUAAAAGUUUUUUAAAAAGCCGUCAAAAUUGAUCUAACAAUGUCUCUGGGUAAACAGCCCAACGACCACAUAAAGAGGCCUAUGAACGCCUUCAUGGUGUGGUCGAGGGGGCAGCGCCGGAAGAUGGCGCAGGACAACCCGAAGAUGCACAACUCUGAGAUCUCCAAGAGGCUGGGCGCUGAGUGGAAGCUGCUCACGGAGAUGGAGAAGCGGCCCUUCAUUGACGAAGCUAAGAGACUCAGGGCACUGCACAUGAAAGAACAUCCAGACUACAAAUAUCGGCCACGACGAAAGCCGAAACCGCUGGUUAAGAAGGAGCCGAAAUUCGGUUUCGGCAUCAACGGCUUGAUGGCACCGGUACCGAGACUGGUGACACCUUCAGUACCACAUCCAGUUCAUCCACAGCUGCAUUCCAUGCCACAUCACUUAUUACCUGACAAACCAGAGCUGAGCCGAGCACUGUUCCCUCCACUGCCUUAUCCAUUCUAUCCGUUUGCCAAAAUACCUUCUGACGAUGGAAAACUGGCCGCCGAGUUGGCGCAUUUGCAGGUAAUCUUCAAUGAGGCACUAUACGGUGGAGCACUAUACAGCAGUGCUCUCUACAGCAGCGCUCUCUCCCCUUGCGGCUGUCCGCCACGACGAACGCCCUCCCCUCCCCCUGCCGACGUGAAACGCCCCGUCGCCUACGUACUCAUGAAGAGUGACGAGGAACCGCCUCAGCACGUCAUCUGAAGGCCGGUCGCGCUCCCUGCGAGGGCCUGGCCCUCACAUUGGGAGCGACCUUCCACCUCCGUACAGGAGCGCGAGACCAGCUCACCAGAUAGUGUGUAAGACUGAAUGGAAGGACAUUGACUUAAACUCGUGUUAUAGAGAGAAGACAUUCGAUAGAUUCACCGGUUUCGGCCAAAUAGUUUCGGUUUCCAUUCGACAAGUGGACAGUGUUUGUUGUCUUGGCAUUAGAUAAAAUGGUGCUGUUCGUGACGAGUAUUUUAUCAAGAAUGGACUUUAAACGUGCAAUCAAUGUUACUGUUAAUGUGCAAUGUACCUUUUAGUUACUUUCUUGUAAGGAGCACUUUGAAUAGACAACAUAUCAUAGAAUUUACUCUUCAACUGUGUAAUAAAUAGACGUUAGUUAGGCAAAUUAAUGUCAAUUUUGUAAAAAAGACUAUUGCAUAACGUGUAUAUAGUGUAAUCAAUUAUUAAACUCUUCAAUACUAUUGUUUUUUGUUGAAUUAGUUUCUAUUUUAAUAGCAUUCGUGGUAUCCACACAAAUGUAGCUCAACUCUAAUGCAUUUAAUGUAUUUAAUCACAAAUAACUUGUAGUGCAAUAAUGUAAAAUGUAAUCGAAAAAACUUACAUCAUAAGAUAAGAGGGAAUGGACACGAAAAAAGGUAAUUGACACUAUUUUCUCAAUAUUUUUAUCGAUUUUGAUAUCAUCGAAAUGUAAUAUUGAUACCAGAGGUAAUAAUGUUAAUUAUACUUUGAAAACUUGUAAAUAGCACUUGUAAAUAAUUAAUAUGUAUGUAUACUAUUCAUAAGAACUUAAUUGUUUUGGUUUUAGAACUGCGGCGUAGGU